CAAACACGACACUUUCACCCCACACGACCGGCCCCCUUCCUCGCCGAGAUCAUGGACUCCUCAUGGCUGGUCCAUGGCGUCCACAACCUCUCCGGCCUCCCGUGGGCCUACUCGAUCCCGCUAACCGCGCUCAUCGUGCGAAGCUGCAUCGCCCUUCCCAUCCAAAUCUACACCAAGCUCCAAGGGCGCCGCGAAAGAGCCGCGCAGCCCCUCCUCGCCUGCUGGCAGAGCUACUACCGGUCGAGCAUCGGCGCGAAGCGGGAGCAACAACAACUCCAAGCCCUACAAGAACCAGGCGGGGGGGGCCGGCGCCGCCAACCGUCGGUGCGGACGCAGACGGCGGUCGCGGUCGCGCGCCAACGCAAGGCCCUGUUCCGCCGGCUGGGGAUCAGCCGGUACUGGAAGGGGAUGUUCCUGCUGCCGAUCCCGGCGUGGCUGUCGGUGAUGGAGACGAUCCGGGCGAUGGCGGGGUGCGAGAGCGGGCUGCUGGCCUGGCUGCUCCGGCUGGUCGGGUCUUCCACGGCCACCCGCGUCCCGGUCGAGCCCACGCUCGCGGCCGAGGGCGCGCUCUGGUUCCCCGACCUCCUGGCCGGGGACGCCACAGGCGUGCUCCCCGCCGUGCUCACCGCGUCCAUCCUCCUGAACAUCCACGUCGGCUGGAAGGUGCCCCGCCUGGCGGAGUUGGCCGACCUGCCGCGCGCCCAGCUGCCCAAGCACCUGUUCCUCCGCACGCUCCGCACGUUCGCCCAGCUCAUGGCGCUGAACGUCGGGCUGUCGACGUACCUCUACGAGACCCCCGCGGCGUUGUUGCUGUACUGGGCCACGAGCAGCAACAUCGCCACACUGCAGAAUCGGGCGCUGGAUCGCGUGAUG